CUUUCUCCUAUGUGUCACUAUGGCUCUCUAACCGAACACACAAACAGAACAAGUGUAAACCAACACUUGUACAACACCAAGAGAACGACUGCAACCAUGGUGUUUUUUACCUCCCACUCUGCACCUUCCGCUGCAAUUUCCAGCAGGAAUCGUGCCUCCUACAAUCCCAUCUCUGGUGUGGAAAUAGAACCUUCUGGUGGAAAUGUCUCUUAUGGCAGCCAUGAACUUCAACCUGGAGAUGUCUAUGUUGCCAGUUAGCACACUGCACUGGCGGGCGGAUCUCCUUAAGAUCCCUGCUCAUGGAAAUCCCUAUGAACAUCCCUCCUUGCCCAUGGAUGAUGGGGUGAACAUGCCUGGGGCUGAAGCAGGAUGCCCGGCAGGCGAUGGAUUCACAGACUGGAUGACUGAAAGGGUUGACUUCUCCUGUUACCAUCCUGUGUCAGUGGAUCCAUCUUUGCCAGGUCCUUCAGCCCCUGAUUUGGAGAUCAUGGCUACUCUUCUAAAGAAGGAGUUGGAGCAGAUGGAAGAUUACUUCCUGGAGGAGACGGUUUCUCCAUCACAGCCAACACCUCCUGAUCAAGUGGCCCCUUGCACCCCUCCAUCACAUGAAGUGCAUUUCCUCUUCCCAACGCCAGACCAUCAGUUUGGUGGAAGUGAAGUAGAGUUUCAAGACUACGUUGAAGAAGAAACCCCACCACCCGCUCCAGCCUCCCUGGAAACAUUGGAUUCUGGGUGCCUGGAGCUCUUGAAUCUCUACUCUGAUGUUCCUAGUGAUUUCCAUAGAGAACAGCUGCAGGAUCUGUCCGUGACGAAAGACACCACUGACCCGCCAGAAUUCUUAAAACAACUGAACAGGCCUACACCAUAUGACCGCCCAAGCUCCAGCUGCAGUGUCUUACCCCGUCAAAAAGGUGACCGCAAACAGAAGAAGAGAGACCAGAAUAAGACGGCGGCACUACGAUAUCGGCAGAGGAAAAGAGCCGAAUAUGAUGCACUGGAUGAUGAGUGCCAGAGCCUGGAGGUCAGAAACAGAGAUUUGAAAGAAAAAUCUGAUUCCAUCGAAAGAGAAAUUCAAUAUGUAAAGGACCUACUCAUUGAGGUCUACAAGGCCAGGAGUCAGAGACUCCGCAGUAAUUAGAGCUCAGUUACCAUAUCUGUAUGACACUGUAGAAACUGAUUUGUUUAGAAAACUUUCUCUGAAGAUACAGGCUACAGAAAGAGACUCAUUUUGUACCUUCCUGAAAUUGACAAGGCUGUCAUGAACAGCAGCUGAAAAGACAUGUAACAGUCCUACCACUAAUGCGAAGUAGCCAUUCUCUCAGAAGCCAGAUGCAGGGCAAAUAUUUUAUAGCACUUAAAUAUAUGAUUGGGUGCACCCAUGGAAGUUGGACAUUGCUAAAGCUUUUAACUGUUGUGGUGUUAAGGAGGUUUUGCUAUUUAUGUGUGUGUUAUUAAAGGAGCGUGGUAUGUGGAAUUGCUUAGACUGUGACUUUAACCCAGGCUUAGAAAGGUUUUUCCUGAAAUGAUAUAAAGUAUCUUUGAUUUAAUAAGCUUUCAGGAUCAAGACUGAAAGAAAGCAUACUAGAAAAAAAACCCAUCUAGAUGUAGAAUAACUACCACUGCAGGUUACUUUCACAGAAAACCUUUAAAGUCUUGUGGAAAAGGAGGAUUUGGGAGGUUUAAAAUCUACUUUAGGGCUCAGAUUUACAAAAAGUCUAGUGAAAUGAUCCCUUGCUUGGCUAUGGCUGCAGGGACUGCCAGAACUAUGCAUAGUCUUGUCACUUGAUGAGUGUAAGCCUGAAGGGAUUUAAUUUUAGAAUGGGAUGAUAGUAGUGGGGGCACCCGAUAUGUUAUGACAUUAAAGAACAUACAUUAUUACUGGGGGAAAAAAUUGUCACUAAGCAACAUUUUGCUGCAUCUUAAUCACAAACUAUGAUUUGUUGGUGGCACAAGAUUCACAUAUUCUCUGAUAGGGGAAGACAUGGUUUGGUUUCUGUGCUUAGGUUACAUGUGUAUGUUUACAGACCAGAUUGUUAGAUGUGUAUUUAUGUACCCUAUGCUCAAGAAAUGCCUCUCAGGAGUUGCUUAUGGAAGAGUGUGCCAUUGCCGUUUAUUCUGUGACACUACUCUUCUCAUUACAGAACACAGGAGCAUAACUAGGACCAAGACAGCAGAAAGAUAGCAGCACACUCAGGUGCUUCAGCCUGAAUUCCUAUGUACUUAUUGCAGUUGUACAUAUAGUACAUCCCAUAUUGGCAGUAGUGUGGCCAAGCAGGGUGGCAGUUCUUGUGCACUGGAAUACCAAUAUAAAUAAGGAUACUCAUAGCUAUUUCAAACAGAGUACAUAUUUUGCUUUAUUUUCUGUGUAUUACUGCUAUUCAUAACAAUUCAAAUAAAUAUUUAUGAACA